AUGUUUUUCGGGGGCUCGUGGGUGCCGCGGGGGGAGGAGUUCGGAGGCGCUGCGCAGUGGCUGGGCUACGAGUCGCUGUUCGCCUCCGUGGACGUGCUGCACUGCGCGUUGCUGGGGAUAGUGCUGCUGGGCUUUCUGCUGGCUUCUUUCACCGAAGACGCCUCCAGCGACUCUCUGCGGGUUUCCUGGAUCGCGACUCAGCUGCUGCCGGGGCCCCGGGCCCCCCCAGCCCUCGGCGCGGGGCUCUCCGACGUGCAGCAAAUGCUGAAGAAGCUGGCGGAACAGAAAGCUGCACAGAGACUCCGCAGGCUGCUGCAGCCCCUCGCCGAGGCCCUCGAAGAGGGAAGACUUUUAGAAGUGGCGGCGGAGGCGCUGCGGCGGCUGCGGGACUCUGCGGCUUUCUACGCCCGCGUGCUGUACGUACGCCGCUUCGCAGAAGGCACGCGCCACCUUUUUUACAUGGCUCAGAAGAUUAAAUUGGGAAUUGAAGUGCGGCCUGGAGAGUCCGAAGUGGUCACUUACGUGGAGGCCAAGAAGGCCCUCAAGGCAGACAACAGGUGGCCCUUCAUGGUCGAGAUCGCCAACGUCAAGGCCGACCGCGUCCUCUGCGCAGGCAACAAGGAGGCCUACCCCAUGAGCUCCUACAGCUACCUCGACUUCAUCCGCGAACCCCAAGUGCAGGAGGCAGCAAUAGCAGCAGCGCGGGAGUGGUCCACUGGUUCUCACGGGGCGCGGAUGCUGGGGGGCAACUCGACGAUCCUGCGGGAGUUGGAGCGGCGGGUGGCGGCUUACUACGGGCGCGACGACGCGCUGCUGUGCGCCACUGGCUUUCUGGCCACUAUGAGUGCUGUGGCUGCAGUGGCUAAGAAAGGAGACUUAAUAAUAGCUGACAGCCGCGCGCAUGCGUCUCUGAGGACUGGCAUGAGCAUCUGUGGGGCGCGGCACUUGUUCUUCAAACACAACAACUACGGCCACUUGCUGCGGCUGCUGCAGCGCGAGCGGCCCAAGCACAAGAGCUGCUGGCUGGUGAUCGAGAGCGUCUACUCCAUGGAGGGGGACAUCGCUGAGCUCCCGGUCUUGCGGACUCUGGCGAAUAAUCACAACUGCAAAAUCCUCUGCGACGAGGCCCACGGGCUGGGGGUCUUGGGGGCCACGGGGCGGGGGCUGGAGGAGCACUUCAACAUGCCUGGGGCUUGCGAGGUCUUGUGCGGAACUUUCUCCAAGUCCAUUGGCGGAGUCGGGGGCUUUAUUACUUGCAAGAGGCCCCUCAUAGACUUCCUGGACUUCCACGCUCCCGGCUCUGUCUUCUCAGCGUCGCUCACGGCCUACUCCGCCGGCGGAGCGCUCAAGGCCUUCGAACUGAUGACUGGAGAGCAGCAGUGGCGGAUUUCAAAAGCCCAAGAAAACGCUAAGUACCUCCGGGCCCUCAUAGAGAGCGGCGACGGCCGCUGGCCCGCGGACUACCCCCAGGAGCUCAAGUACGAAGUCGAGGGAAUGGACUGCACCACUGUCAUACCAGUGGUCUUCCCCAACAGCCCGCAGCGGAUGUUCCGCAUCACCACUGCGCUGCUGGACCGCGGCUUCUACUGCGCCGCCGCGGCCUUCCCGGCUUGUCCUUUAUUGAGGCCUCGCAUAAGAGUCACAGCCACUGCGGCUUACACGAAAGAACUCAUGCACGAGUUCGUGAGGGCUCUCGUUGAAACCACUGUGCAAGUCCUUCCCGAUGACCAACACGCCCGCAAGAGGCGGUGA